AGAGAGACUGGAGAAUAGCAAAAGGGUUACAACUCAAGUCACUAAUUGAAUUAGCGUUAAAUGCAAACGGAUCUGCAACAGUUCCGAGCUGUCUGUGCACGCUCCUCAAAGUGGCAAAAAUGCUGCACUGCAACGGACGUUUGAGCUUGUUAUUGUCGCGUUAGCAAAACACACACAUAGAGAAAACACCUAAACACCUGGCUUAAUUGGGCCAUAACAAUGAGUCAUCAUCUGUCGCAGGAAUCGUCGCAGCAGCCGCAGCAACCAGAACGUGGCAGACACGGAGGCGGAGGCGGGGGCGGGGGCAUCAUGGAUUUGCGUAAUCUUUGCCAGCGCAUCGAUGUGGAUAGCCUCAAAGCCAAAUUGCCAGCGAUGCCGCAACUCAAGUUUCCCAAAACGCUGCCCAAGUUGCGUGGCGCUCGUCGCAUCUUUCGCAGCUCCCGGGACAAUGUGAACAAGGCAGCGUCGCAUGAAGGGGCAACAGUGGGAGGGGAAGGGGGAGGAGUGUCAAGCGGACAGUUAGCAUUGCCACAGCAGCAGCAGCAGGCGGCACAGUUUAUCAAUCGGACGCCACAACGCAUCUCAACGAUCAGUUCGCUGAUGCACGAGCAAACAUCAACAGAGCAACAACAACAACAACAUCAUCAUCAUCAUCUGCAGCCAAGUGGGGCAACGUAUUGCAGUGCUGGGAGCCUAGAUGAUGACUACUAUGCACCAUAUGGCGGCAGCAUGACGGCGCGUGUCUCGCGUCCCAUCAGUCCCAUCAAGAUGCCACCGACAAGCGGCGAUCAACAGCAGCAACAGGAACGUGGCACGUUGACGCAGCGCUUGCAACGUGGCUACAAGAGUCUCAGCGAGCUGCGGCUGAAGCAUCUCUUUGCCAAACAGACGGUCGUGCGACGCGACAACAUCGAGGUGCAACGCUAUGUGGAACAAUACGAGGCCGAGCGACGUGUGGAGCAAAUGGCGCAAGCGCGACGCGAUCGCGACAUAGCCGACAACUAUGAUAUACACAUUAGCACGCUGCCCAUAACGCGACAGAAUACGCUGAAGCAGCAGCAGCAGGAUGGCGAGGAGGCGGAUGAGGAUGCGGUGCAACAAGUGCGACGCAUGGCCGAUCACAGCGGCGAUGAGAGCGGACUAGAGACGCCGCCGCCACCGCCACCGCCAGCUGUGGCACGCAAAAAGAAACCCGGCGGCAUUGCGGCCACACGCUUUGCCAAGGUGCGUCAGCCCCCCCUGCAGAUGCCCGUGGAGGAGGGUGCUAUGGACCAGCAACAGCAGCAGCCGUCGCAGGAGAAGCAACCAAUGCGUCAGGCGGUCAGACAGAAGCUGAAACGUUUGCGCAAAUCAAUGAAGCGACGUCAGGCGAGUCAGCAGCAGCAAGACAGCGACGAUGAGGAGGAGGAACAAGAAAAGCAACAACAACAACAGCGUGGAAGCACAGCGAGCAAUCUGCGCGCGCGACUGCGACGCUUUGCAUCCAGCGAACAGCUGCAGCAGCGCUGGCGCAAGAGUUUUAAGGGUGGCGAUGAAGAAGGAACAGACACAGGAACUGGCAAAGGAGGAGCAGGCAUAGGAGGAGCAGGCAAAGGAGGAGCAGGCUUGGGAGGAGCAAGCUUUGGUGGAGCAGGCUUGGGAGGAGCAGGCUUGAGAGGAGCAGGAAUGGGAGGAGCAGGCAUGGGAGGAGCAGGCUUGGGAGGAGCAGGCUUGGGAGGAGCAGGCUUAGGUGGAGGAGCAACAGCAGCUGGCUCAGGUUUAGGCGUUGCUGCGCAGCUAGAACGCUCCCUGGCGCGUUUGAACGAGAAACUGCAACAGCUAAAGUUUUUUCAGCGCAAGUCGCAACAGCCGCAGGGCAACAAACCCAACACCGUGGGCCGCGAACCCAUCGAGAUCGAUGACGAGGAGCUGCCAGCCACGUAUCAUCACAGCGAUAGCGACAGCGAGCACGGCAGCAACGACAGCGAUGACAGCGGCCAGGACAUUUGUGCCGAGGAUGCCUUCGGGCAGCUGGACAUUGGCAUUGCCGACGACGCACCGCGUUCAGCAUCGCCCAUGCUGGUUAAGCAUCAGACACUGGCAACGUUGGCACAACUCCAGGCACACGCAUCGACGGCUUGGAGCAGUGAGUCCCUCGAAGAGGAUAUCGCUCUGGAUGGGCAACAGCAACAGCAGCGAGACGAAAUGGCAUGCACCGCCGCCGAUUAUCCGCGCGUGCUCAUCCAUCAGCAGCACAGCGAUGCCUACGAGUCCACGCUGAUCAUAGCGGUGACCACAACACCGCCAACGCCAUCGCCACCGCACAGCCAACAACAUCAGCAACAACCGUGGCUGCCCAAUGAACAGAUCAUAGCCGGGUUCAAGGAGCAACAGCAACGAGACUGUUGGCCCGCACCCAUGCUGUACAAACCCAAGAGCAUCGACAUCUUUGAGAGCGGCGACGGCGGGGCAGCGUCCGCAUUUGCGGACUUUGACGAGGCGCUGAGGAAUGCGCCAGUGUUGCGCAUAAGCGCGGGCAGCAGCUGCGACAGCAACACCGAGGAUGCCGAUGACAACAGUUCGCGGGUGACGCGGAUACGCGUACAGACGCCCAGAAUUGGCAACAGUCGGGAGAGCUUGAUGGAGCAGCAGACCCUGGAGCAAGAGGAGGAACAGGAGGAGGAGGCAGAGGAAGCUCUAGAGGAGCUAGAGGAGGGUCAGGAGCAGCCAGAGGAGCAACUGGACCUGGAGCGAGCCGAGGAGGAGUCCGAGCGACCGCCUUCGAUGUCACCGCCACCGCCGCCCUUGCCACAGCGUCGUCCACCGCCUCCCACUUCAGCUGCGCCCAUCUAUGAUGCAGUCCCGCCACCGCUGCCCAUUAGCAAGCCACCCACCACGCUGGCCACAGCAACUGCACCCCCGCCGUUGACAGCAGCAACAACAACAACAGUUGCAACUGCAGCGCCAACAACUCCCCCGGUUGCUGCUGCACCCCCAACCCCUGUCUCACCCGUUGCUGCUGCGCCGCCUUUGCAACGUCAGCCGCUACGCAGCGCCUCGAUGACACGGCCAGCCAAGCCGCUGGUGAAGACCAGUUCACUGCGUCUCACCUACAACGAGCAGAUGCAUCCCAACGAUGUGGGCAAGGUGAACAAGCUCAUCUCACGCUUUGGCGGUCGAUCGCGACUCGGGGCCCGGCGUUUGCACAGCGAGGAGCUGACCAUCUGCUCGGACGGUGAUGACGAGUCCGAGGAGUUGCCCGAGGAGCCGGCAACCCCAACGCCAGCGAAUGUCAAGCGCAGCACCAGCAGCAACAACAACAACAACAAUGUUAUACCCGAUAUUGUGACCACAGCAGCCAGCAGCAACAACAAUAACAAUGAGACAAUCCAGCUGGAUCGUCAGAAUUCAAAUUGCAGUCGCAGCGAAUACGGAUCUCCACUCGCCUAUCCCCAACUCAAUUCAACACCAACAGCAACAACCACAACAACAGUAACAUCGGCCAGAGCUGGCAGACCACGUGCCCCACAACCGCAAUCACAACCACAAUUGCAAUUGCAAUCACAAUCACAGUUGCAGCUGCAACGACGCAGUCGACGUUCCAUGACCCGCGACGAUGACAACUUUUACAGCUUUGACAGCGAUGAAGAGAACAGCUAUUAUUCCAUAAGUCCCUCGAGCAGCAGUCGCUAUGUGGUGGAAAUUUGAGAGAGAGAAAGACCCUCAAGAAGCAACAACAUCUGAGCAUAGCAGACUCAAAUUCUUAAUCCAAGUAAAAGUGCCAAGUUCUAUUAAAAGAUAAUUAGCAAGCAGCCAAGUUCUAAAAGUUCGUAGCUCAUAGUUCAGCGAACAAAUUGGCAAGAAGAAAUUGAAUUCAAUUGUACAAAAUUGACAAA